AUGGGCCGCGCGCGGGCCGCGCUGUGCCGGGGCUGCGUGGCGCUGGCCGCGGCCCUGGCGGCGCUGCUGCUGCUGCCGCUGCCCCGGGCGCCCGGCCCGACCCCCGCGCGGCCCGGCGGCCCCGGCCUGCGCCCCGACGACGUCUUCAUCGCCGUCAAGACCACCCGCAGGAACCACGGGCCGCGCCUCGGGCUGCUGCUGCGCACCUGGAUCUCCCGCGCCCGCCCGCAGACCUUCAUCUUCACCGACGGCGACGACCCGGGGCUCCGGGGCCAGGGGGGCAGCCACGUGGUCAACACCAACUGCUCGGCUGCCCGCUCCCGCCAGGCCCUGUGCUGCAAGAUGGCUGUGGAGUACGACACGUUCAUGGAGUCGGGGCGCAAGUGGUUCUGCCAUGUGGACGAUGACAACUACGUGAACCCCGCGGCGCUGCUCCAGCUGCUGGCCGCCUUCCCCCCCAGCCAGGACGUCUACCUCGGCCGGCCCAGCCUCGACCACCCCAUCGAGGCCACCGAGAGGGUCCCGGGCAGCAGUUCCGUCACCACGGCCAAGUUCUGGUUCGCCACAGGCGGCGCCGGCUUCUGCCUCAGCCGGGGCCUGGCGCUCAAGAUGAGCCCCUGGGCCAGCCUGGGGGGCUUCAUCAGCACGGCCGAGCGGGUGCGGCUGCCCGACGACUGCGCUGUGGGCUACAUCGUGGAGGGGCUGCUCGGUGCGCGCCUGCGGCCCAGCCGCCUCUUCCACUCACACCUGGAGAACCUGCGGCUGCUGCACCCCGACUCGGUGCUGCACCAGGUAACCUUGAGCUACGGGGGCCCCGAGAACCCCCAGAACGUGGUGAGCGUGUCAGGUCCUUUCAGCCUGCAGCAGGACCCCACCAGGUUCCAGUCUGUCCACUGCCGCCUGUACCCCGACACGGAUUGGUGCCCCAAGCAGGCCCCUCAGGCCUCGUGGUGACUCCUAUUCUCAGCGGAAAGACUGAGCACCCAGCCGGGCCCCAGCCAGCUCCUGGGCCCCUCUGGGUCUGGGCCUCAACCCAUGCCUCCCCUUUGGAGGCUCUGGGCCCCGAAGUGUCCGCUCUGCUCAGGCUCCGCACCGGGAGCAGCAGGAAACUUGGGCCCCACUGGUGUCACGGGACAAUAAACUCACA